AUGCGUACAUCACUUUGGUUUUCCAUCUUCAUGGCUGGCUCCUGCCUGGCCCAGGGCGACAUUGCUGCGCUUCUCCAAUCUCAAUCCGACCUCAGUACUCUGCUCGAGCUUGUCGGUCUUGUGGAUGGCCUCGCGGAUACUCUUGCGUCAUCUUCCAACAUCACGAUCUUUGCGCCAACAAACCAAGCCUUCGCCAAUGUGCCUCGGAAUAUCCCCGAAGGCGAAGCCAUUGAGUUCCGCAACAACACCAUCGCCAUUGGAGCUCUUCUUGCGAACCACGUCUUCAAGGGAGUCUACCCUUCGAACGUCAUCACCGAUAUUCCCACAUUCGCCCAGACCUUGCUCGACAUCUCAUACAUCGAUAACCGACAGCCCUUCUCCAAUUUCACUGGCGGCGCAUACAACGGCCUUGUAAAGAAUGGAGAUGAUGUGUGCGUUCUCUCUGGAGAGCAGACCAUCUCUACCGUUACCGAAGCUAACAUCAAGCUGGGCGAAGGCAUCACAAUCCACAAAAUCGACACCGUCCUCUCAUUCGGCGCCCCAUUCCAGCUUUUCACCUACCGCGCGGGCUACACCGCCCUGAACGCUGCACUGGAAACCGCCAAACUGAGCAUUGAAUUUGGGUUGACGAGUGGAGAUUCUCAAGCCCUCAACCUCUCGGACUAUACCAUCUUUGUUCCCACCAAUGGAGCCUUCGCAUCUAUUGGCUCCGUGCUCGAGUCUGCAGACGUUGAAACGCUUCAGGAUGUCCUUGCUUGCCACAUCAUUCCCAACAACGUUAUCUUCUCGCCAUCUUUGGGAAAUGUUACGGUUCCGUCUCUUCAGGGCGCUAACCUGACUUUUACCGUCUUGCCUGAUGGUUCGGCUUGGGUCAACAACGCGAGGAUCAUAUUUCCUAACACCAUCUUGUAUAACGGUGUCGCCCAUGUUAUUGACAGCGUCCUUGCUCCGGGAGAGUUCGAUCGUGCCUCUUUGAAGCCAUCUGCGCCCGCACCCGAGCGCGUUGCUUUCCCCAAUGCGUCUGCGGUCUCAAGUCUUGCUCUUGCAAGCGCCUCGCUCGCUUUUGGAGGUGAUCUCAUGACGUACACGACCACCCCGGAGUUGCUGAAGACUGUAGCUGCAGUCGCGACUGCUACCACUACUGCUAGUGCGACUGGCACAGCGACCGCGAGUCUGUCUGCUCCGCUUGCGGAGUUCACUGGUGCUGCUAGUGGCUUCUUGGCUGGGAAGGGUGCGGCGCUUGCUGGUGCGGUAGGUAUCGCUGCGAUGCUUGUCUAG